CGCCCUGAGGAAUGUUAUAUUCAUUGCCCAUGAAAUGUUCGUAGUAAUAGGUCCCUGCACAACUGGGACAGCACAUUUCAGACGGCUAUCGGCUGAAUAACAUGCUCUUCCUCCUACGGUCCGGCCAAGUACAAUUCGAGAUAGAUGUUGUUCCUCAACCUUACGGUGUAGUUCUGGUGAGAUAGAGGCGAAAUCCCAAAACCCAUGGGAUAUCGGAGCUGGGAUAGAAAGAGAUCCCUAAUGCCCUGCCAACGGAGCAAAGAUCUAGAUUUGAAGCCUAUGUAACUGCACGACUCCGUGAUCUGGAAAUGGCAACAGUUCACCAGUGAGCUCGUGUGGCCGGGCGCUUCGGACCGUGCAUUGACAUGACCAGGAAAACCACAUCUCAGAAUAAAGUAUCUUCUUUCUACAUCUGGAUCGAGGUAUGGAAGAGAGGAACGUUCGCGAAAUUAGAAGACUCGCAGAAACAUAUAUAAAUCGAGUGCAUGUGGAUCACUCUAGAUCUACGGGAUUCCUUCAUACCUAUCGGGAAUUCGUAUCUGAACAGUUUUUUGAAAUCAUGUCGAUAUGUUCCGUAAUGGGUGUUACCUAGCAUCCUUCCAAUCCGUGAACGUCGUAUCCGAAACAAUAGUGUUUUGUGUUGGUGUCAACGAAUGCCCCAGAAGCGAUCUGAACGCAGAGAAGCAGGACUUGCCGAUAAUCGAGGGGGACUGGCUAGCCGGCAAUUUAGCUUUCAGCUCCGAAUCGCGUGGAGACUCGAUGGAGGUCUUCUGUUUCGAUCAUGCCGGAAACUAUUGCAAUAAUGGUGGAACACGGCGGACAUCAACCAACAAAUGGUGAACUAGCUUUAGGAGGGGGCACAUUAUUGGAAAGAGUCCCGAUGUGUAUAAUUAUUGCCACGUUUAAAAUUAGCUUGUUCAAGGCAGAUGCUCAAAGGUUUCGAUAAUAAGUUAAAAUAAAUUGAAACUUUUGUCGACUAGCUGUAACAGAUCCAAAAAUGUCGAACACCUGAACUAGACGCAAAAGGAAACCGGGAGAUCGAAAAAUCUUUCAAAAGGUAUAAGUACAAGGCAGAUAUGCGCGCUGUUUAAAGCAGUGGCUGGACAUGUGUGCACAUCAAUGUCAAUUGACUUGAGAUCCACAAACCGCAGUGGGUCAUGGGCAUGACUAGACCCUAGAUCUCAACAAAGUGCAAGCUCAUCAGUGCUUAGUGAAGGUAUACGUGUCCUGCUUGUCUUGGGCACACUUGAACUUGAAUGCAAUAUAUUCUUCUACACACCUGCCAUACUAGAUCGAGCAAGGUCGCGCUUCUACAUGUGGACCAGACUCGCCGUUGGUGUAAUGUAUUCGGUGACAUGUUCAGAGAACUAGUAAGACGCAAGUUGUUGGGCCCGAAGAUUGUACGGCGGGCUGCCGAAUAUCUCUCGGAACCUUCAAUUCAAUUGAGCUCAUAAACUAUAUUCAUGCCCUCAUCGAUACAAUAUAAAAUGGUGAGACAUGAAUAUCCUCUGACAGUAUGUGAUCUAUCGACUGCUUGUUUCACUAAAUGUACAAGUUAAGUAGUUGCACGUGUAGCCUACAAGAAGAAAAAGCAAACUGCACGCAGCGGAUCGCAGAAGAGCAGUAACUAAAAGUAGUUGCUAACUGGUCCUCGAAUGUGAAGAGGCUGCGAACUGAGUGCAAAUGCCAAGUUUCUCCGAUCAUCGCGGCUUGGUAGUCGAGGUUAAGCAUUCCACAUCGUAGUAAACCUGCUCACUUGCGCUGUCUUUGGAAUGCAAGUCCUACCGAUGCGAUGGAUCCCUGAACAGCCAAAUGAGUGAUGUCGGUCGGAGAAACCAAUGAUCGAUUCCAUGCGAGCCAGCGACACGUUAAUGAAUCAGCGUGAGAGAGAAAAAUGCCUCACGGACGGAUGUCCCAUCUCGGCUCGAAGACAGUCCUGAGGAGCUUCCCCCACAAGUCCCAGCCGGGAGCUUCAACUGUUCUCUCCUUGGUGCGCAUGACGUUCCAAGUAUGGGACUGAAUGUGGUACUCGAUCAGAAGUCGAGUAAUCUCUUGCCGAUCACUCAAGGACAUCCAGAAGUCCACUUCGAUGCAGAUGAUGUCGCUAAUGAUCACUGCUCCGUUGAUCGAGUACCGAAGCUCUUCGACGUCGUCCAAGGCCACGCCUCUCCUGUCGAUAUAAUCAAUGAUAUCUUCCAGCAUGAUUGAAAUCUCGUCCCAGUGAUAGUCUGCGUCUGACUUCCCGGUCUCGACAGCCAGCCUCCAGAUUCCAAAAGUGGUCAGUUGACUUUGAUCCUCAUCAACUUGCGUUAGAGCAAUGAGUAUCGCAUAUCCGUGGUGCUCCACCACAAAGGCCGAAUGCCCACUUUGAGCGAACGCAAUGGCAGGCAUUUGAAUUUCAAACCUCCGCUUCAAUACCGAAGUGGAAUCAAUACACUCAUACAAAACCAGUUGCUUGUCAUUCUGCUCAAUGGUAAAAACGAGCAGCUCAUGACCAGAGUGCAGGAAAAAGGCAUGGGAAGGACGUUCGGUCUCGGGAUCUACAACAUCUUGUCGAUGGUAAGUCUUCCACGAGCCGUCCGUCGAAGUAUAAACCUGUACAGUCCACGGUCCAACAGCUCCAUCUUCUGCCAGGACAACGGUGGACACGAAGAGAUUGUAGCAGUGCGCAUUCGGGUUGACCAGCAUGUCAGCUUGCCAGGAGAUGAAAGGCGUAGCCGUGGAAAACUUGAGGAUGGACUUGCAUUCUUUCAGAAGAGGAUUACACACCAGCAAUUGCCAGGUAUCCGAAUUGGAGUUGGGGUCGUCGAGCGGGAACAUGGCUAGAAAGGCCAGCAGACCCUUCUGCGCGGCCACAGCUCCAUCUGUCAGAGCGGCAGUGGGCAGAAUUCCCGGCACGAACGACAACUCGAUAUGGGAUGUGCUCGAGCAGGGGGCGACCGAGGGUGGGAUUUCGGUGGGGUUCUGGGACGAGAGCAGGCGAAAUGUGGCAAUGCGGACGUCCUUAUGGCCGGAUGUGGACAGGCUCAAGUGCUUCAGAAGUGACACGGAGGAAGACAGGAAUCCACGGCUCUUCGUUAAGUCGUGCGUCUUAGACUUGGCAUCGAUCCGAAACCUGAUGUUCUUGGCGUGCAGCAGUUUCUUAAGAGGCGACUCUUUGAACUUCUCGGCAGCUCUGGAUUUCAGGUCUUUGGCAAAAUGUAUGAGGGGAUGAGACACAUUCCCCCCGGGAUGGUGGUGGUGGUGGUGCCCGGGGUCAUGCCUGUGGUGCUUUCCGUGCCCACUGCCACUGUGCUCUCUUACCAUCACGGGCUUCUCUUUCUUUCGGAAAAUUUCCUCCUCCUUGGUCAUUGUGAGAUCGCCUUUCCUCAAGGUGAGCAUCAGAUUAUCGUACACCUGCAACGGAGGCUCGGGCUCGGGAGCCAACUGAUCGUGGGCGUCCUGGCCCGAUGGGAUGAACAGCUCGUAAUAAUCCUCAGUCGCGGACACUCGGACCCCGCCGAUGUUCACACUCCAUUCGUCGUAUUUCGACAUGUCGUCCAGGAUAGUUUCAAAAGUUUUCACAAACUCCGCCUUCGGAUCAUGGUCAUCAUCCAGAUCCCCGGCCAAACUCGAGGCGGUGGAGGUCGCAGUUGAUACGUCAGUUGACAUUCCAGCCACGCCCCGACCUCCUCGCUCCAUUGUGGGCACUCUGCUCGCACGAAUCCCCGAUAUCCACCCCGGACCGGCCCUUGUCCUUCAGCUCACAAUCGUCACGGACUUCGGUCUUCUCUUGAGGAAAUUCGGCGAGUUCUGUACAGCUUCAUGCUCCUAAUCAUCACCAGCAGACGCAAGUUCUUCUCGAGAGUGAAGCACCCAGCAGUCAGUCGAAUGGUCCGAUCAGGCAGGAAUUCAUAGCUCACCUGUUCCUUUCCAUUUCAGAGACACGGAGACAAUUCAAAUCUCGCACCGACAAAUCAGCCUUGCGACUCCGGCGAACCUCGACAAUCAAAGACCAAAGAUCGUAGCAAUGCGGCUUACAAUUGAGCACCUGCAGGUGCAAUUCGACUGGAUGGAAAAGCAUAUCAUCAAAUCUACCGCAACUUGCAUGAACUCUCGGCCAUCAAUGGGGAUCAGCAGCGAGCGAUCCAUAAAUUACACCGCGCCGCUGCUGAGGUCCGCGAGACUUCUACUUAGGGACAUGUCAGCACUCUGUCUGGGCUCUUCUGGAUCGUUUCCCUUCUAGCUCCCACUCACCAAUGGGGUCCUCUGCUCUCGGGUCUAUCUCACAAUCUACGCUGGACGAGGAGGGAAUGAAAAACAUAUAAUCUCCUGAAUCAUUUUGUCGCGUGGAGGGGGGAAGGGAUGGAGGGAUGGAGGGAGGGGCCAAGGACGGAACGAAGACGUAAUUUUGAAUUUUGUUGCCAGCGCGUGGCUGACUGCCUAGAUCGGAAUUAUAAAAUCUGCUUUCGUCUAAGACUUCCUUCCGGAGGGAGGUCCGUGAGUGUGGACAUUCGCCCGCAAGCCACUGUUGAAUGCUGACUAGGUGACCGGGUCCUUGAUGCGGGAAUGAUCGAUCAUACGGCGCGAGACAGCUAUUCUGGACCCCCACCAUUCCGAUCGUGCGCCCCAGCAACACUCGCUCCCCUCCCAUGGAACCUCGUACGCCAGUCCUCCCAUGUACUUCUUCGGGACAAGAGGGACAAUGCGGUCGAUUCAUCUCAUCGCUGAUCUCCCGACGACGCGUCACGAGGCCCAACCGUCAGAUCCC